AUGGGGGCGGCGCUGGUGCGGCGCGGGGGCUGCCUGCUGCUCUGGCUGGCCCUGCUGCUGGGCUGCUGGGCCGAGCUGGGCAGCGGGCUGGAGUUCCCGGGGGCGGAGGGCCAGUGGACCCGCUUCCCCAAGUGGAACGCCUGCUGCGAGAGCGAGAUGAGCUUCAACAUGAAGACGCGCAGCUCCAGCGGGCUGGUGCUCUACUUCGACGACGAGGGCUUCUGCGACUUCCUGGAGCUCAUCCUCACCCAGGGUGGACGGCUGCAGCUCAGCUUCUCCAUCUUCUGUGCUGAGCCCGCCACCCUGCUGUCUGACACGGCAGUCAAUGACAACCUCUGGCACGCCGUUGUCAUCCGCCGCCACUUCAAGAACACGACACUGAUCAUUGACCGGGCCGAAGCAAAGUGGGUGGAGGUGAAGUCUAAGCGGCGGGACAUGACUGUCUUCAGCGGCCUCUUCUUAGGGGGGCUCCCGCCGGAGCUGCGGCUAGCGACGCUAAAGCUGACGCUCUCCUCUGUCAAGGACCGGGAGCCCUUCAAGGGCUGGAUAACGGACGUCCGGGUCAACUACACGCAGGCAUCGCCGGUGGAGAGCCAGGAGGUGCGGCUGGAUGAUGAGCAGAGCCGCCUGUGCGCCAGGGAGGACGUCUGCCUCAAUGGGGGCGUCUGCUCGGUGCUCAACGACCAGGCUGUCUGCGACUGCUCCCAAACAGGCUUUCGGGGGAAGGACUGCAGUGAAGGUCUGGCGCACCUGAUGAUGGGCGACCAAGGUAUGGGCUCUGUUCCUUUUCCACUCUGCUUUCAUUGUUUCUUCUUGUUCUGUAGCUGCUUUGAAUCCAUCACUGCAAACGAUGGGCAAAUGCUUGAAAGCUGUCUUUGGCUGCAAAUAAACACAUGGUUUUAG